AUGGCCGACGAUACAUCCGUCAUGUCGGCGUCCACGUCGUCCCUCUCACCGUCGAAGCUCUGCUCGAAGACAUACAAGAAAGCUUCGCAGCUCUUCUUAACCCGUCGACUACAAGAAGCUCUCGUAUCUCUAGAGCCCGUAAUUACGGCGAAGAAUGGGAAUGAUGACCAAGAUGUCAAUGGCGUGGACUCAGUACCACCGAUCGGUACAGUUCCUGCCACCUGGCGGAUCAAAAUAUGGAAUUUGUACGUUACGCUUCUGAGCGCUAUUAUCGACCUAGGCCCAGAGGAAGGAAAGGCGAUGAUUGGGCAAAAGGAAUGGAAAGACAUCUCAACGCAAGUCCGCGAUGGGACUAUCUGGGAGAAGGUCGUACAGAUUGGCUACCAAGGCCGCGAGGGUUCAAUAGAUGCGGAGGUUGUCUAUAACCUGGGCACUCUUCUCCUCAACCAUUCUCCUUCUCAGACGGUCAACCAGCAACGACUCGAAACCUACCUCUCCUCCUACGGACAACCAAACCUUGAUAUUGAAGAGCAUCUGAACUCCCCCACAAACGCACAGCGAAAUCAAUUCCGCCCGAAUGGUGGUACAGAUACACCAAAAGACCUCGCCGCUCGGGUCCGACUGAUCGAGCUUUUCACGCUUCAUGUUCUCCCCAGAAACGAAGAGUGGGAGUAUGCCACCGAGUUCAUCAAUCUGAGUGAGGUUCUCGACGACGAACGGAAGGAAUUAUUCUUGCAGACGUUGGAAGGGCUUAGGGAAGAGAAGGAACAAGGAAAACUCCGUGCCGCAGCUCUACAACGCGAAAAGGACGCCGAGUUAGAGAGACAAAUACAAGAGGCAGAGCGCCAGAAAGCAGAUGAGGCUGCGGCUGCAGAAGGGAAUACUCAACAGAAGAACCACAAGCGCAGUGGUAGCGAGGUGGAUUACGGAAUCGAGAAGAAGCAUCCAAACGGCAGCAUCAGAGGCAAAAAGGGCGAGAAGCCAGGCAGCAGCAAAGCUGGUUCCUCAUCACGGACGGCCCUUUCUCCUCCCAACUCAAAGAAUCUUAAAAAGCCGGAGAAGCCCGAGACUCGAGCGAGACAAUCACAGGCGCUGGCUACAGUGCUACGAAAUAUCGUGCAGUACUUGGGCAGGACGAUAUCCAACAACCCUUUAUCCUUCGUCCGGUCACUAUUGUUUUUGUUGGGUCUUCUUUUUGCCCUUAAUAGACCGAAUGUCCGCGAGCGAAUCCGGAGGAUAACCGGAUCGGGCUGGCAAAAGAUCCGGGGAACUGUCGGUAUGGGUGUGAAAGUGAGCUAUAUUUGA